CGCCUCUUACAGCAAUUUUCCGGUAGCCUACUCACACACUUCGUUCUAUUUGCACUCUCACUUUCCCUCCCUCCCCCUCUCUCGGAAGAAGAAAUAGCCAACGCCCCUCUAUUUCUCCUUCCUAGUGCCAAGACGUGUACGUCAUUCAUCUAAACUAGUAAAAACGAGACAGAAGAAAUUACUUUUCUGUACUCUGUACAGGAUACCGUUUCUAUUAUCAUUUGGGGGUUUCCCACUGACGAGCAAGACGGUUUAAACAAAUUAAAUUUCAAAUUUUUUCGUUCCGUUUGUUCUUCACGAGCAUUGAGUCAUCAAACGCAAUAGCCUACUCUAAACCACGCGGAUCCAACUGUUGCAACUUUAGAUUUUUGGUUUUGUUACCGUGCAAAGUUUAGCCUACUCAAAACAAUUGACAGGACGUUGGAAACCUUACUGGAGGCAUGGCAGACACCACGGAACCAAGUUGCAUUGACAAGCUGAAGAGUUAUGUGAGGACCCGUAAGGGGACUAUUCUGCUUGCUGAAAUAAUUCUCAGUUUCAUUAUCAUUAUCUGCUAUGCAGCAUCGUAUUUUGGUGGCUAUUCUACAGUGGCCAUCUGCGAGAUGGUAUUUGCCAUUGUCUUCAUGGUCGUCUACAUGCUGGAGUUGGAUAAGCAGUUCCGGGUUAUCAGUUGGCCAUGGUCUGACUUCAUCAGAGCUACAAUCGGGGCAGCCCUUUACCUCAUCACUUCUCUGAUCAGUGUGAUUCAAGGAACGGGCGAUGGUGCUCGUAUUGCAGGAGGGGUGUUGGGCAUGCUGGCGGGUGUCUUGUUUGGCUAUGAUGCUUACCUCACUUUCAUGACCAUAAAGAGCAACAGGCAGCACACUGCUGCCCCCACUGAUGAAGCAUAAACACAGCCUUUAAACUACUUCUGAACAGCAAACAAACACAUGACAAAACGCAGAGACAGAAGUCAGGAAAUUAGCAAUUGUAGUUGCAAAAAAAGAAGAGGAUUGUGAAGAAGGGAAGAAGAGACGACAGAGUGGCAGAGAAACGGAGGAGGAGGUGGCGUGGGGCACGGGUCAGGGGCUGAAGAUGAAUGGGGAAGAGGGAAGGUGAUGGAUGAAAGAAAGUGUUGUCUUGUUCUAGGUCAAUUUCCUGAGGAUUUUCCCGCCCUCCCUCUCAAUUCUGCGUCCACCGGUUUUCCAGCUAAUUACACUCAGGUCAAUAGUGUGUGCUCACUGUACUAAAAGCUUAGGUUAUGGAGUGAUUAUUUAGUGCUGUUUAUUUUUCUUAUUGGUGGGUCAUACAUUACUCUUGCACUAUCUAAAUUCUUUUUUAUUUAACUUAAACAUAGAUAAAAUAUUUUUCCCGUGCAGGAAAAAAAACAAUUUUUUUAUGUUUUAAUAUAAUAAUUGUGGAUUUUUAAAUCAAAAUCAAACUGAUUAUAGUUUGAGUUAUAAUAAGAAUCUUCCCAAUUUUUCCCCUUGUUUACCCAUCAUUUCUCUUUUGCUCCCAGUCAUCGAUUAUCUAACCCUUUGUGCCUCUCUAUUCUUCUGUUCUGUUUUUCUGUCUGCCUUUGUUUGUACAGGUCUUGUCUCUUUAACUCUUCUAUGAAUUUUUUAACAUUCAGGAAAUUGCCACAUCUUGUAAAGGCCUUCUUUAAAAAAAAAAACCAAAAUAAAAAAACCUUUGUGACCAAUAAGUGUGUGACAUGAGUAGAGGGGAAAUUUACGCAAUCUCUCUCCUGUAAUUUAGUCAUGCAUAACUGAAGAGCAAAAGAGCACUUCCAUCAUCAUAAUCUGUCUUGUUCCCAAGGCCCAAGGAUCACUGAGGGGAGUGAACGUCAUGGGUUCAGUCUGUAUCUUCAACUAAAAUUAACUCAAGCCAUGUUUAUCAUUUUUCACACAUUUUACAAGCAAUGCAUUUUUCUGUCGUGUGUGUAAAAGGGAAAUGCGGAAUGAAUUGGGUGGAUGUAUGUCUGCUUUUUCCUCUGUUUUGAGCUUACAGUCUAUUAUAGCUAGAGCUUUUAGGAUUGCUUUGGAUGUAAUGAAAUAUGUUACAGUACUGUACUGUAUGGUGGAAAUGUGAUAUUUACACCAUUGUAUGGAUAAUAAAAGACAUUCUAAUUAA